AUGAUGGGGUAUGCUUCCUCGUCACAGACCAAUACGGGCCUGGCAUACAGGCAGUACUCUCGAGCAUUUGUGCUAGGGAAUGUCGGUGACGACGACAGCAUCGCGUUCCGGACCGGAUCGGUAUACACCACCACGCACGAUCUGCUGCGACGUGUACGAAGGGCGCUAUUCGCUUGGGGCCUUUUCGCUCAUCCGAGUGCGGGGGAGCAGGAUCCAAACGAUGGAAAGAAGCAGCGAUGGGUGAUUGUGAACUCGGACCUGUGCAUGGGAGAUACGGGCAUCAGACGAGCUGUCGUCGAGAAGCUCAGAGAGGUCUUACCCGACGUCUAUGGGGAAAGAAACUUUGCCUGGACUGGGACGCACAGUCACUCUGGUGCUGGAGGAUUCAUCAAUGCGCUCAUCGUACAGACCUCAUCGCUGGGCAUCGUCCAGCAAAACUUCGAUGCCAUCGUCGAAGGCACCGUUCGUUCCAUCCUGCUCGCUCACGACGACUACGAAAAGCGCGUCGCGCGGACGAUGGUCUUGUCUCGAGACCUCGUGUCAGCAAAUGCGCACCACUCGGACACGUCGACCUGGCCUUCGAUUCGAUUUGGCAAUACAACGCUACGAAACGCGCACAUCAACCGUAGUGCUAGUGCAUACCUUCGAAAUCCGCUCGAGGAGCGUCAGCUAUAUGACAGCGACACCGACGAUGAAUUUGCUUUGCUUGAAUUUGUCGAUGCGUCCGUAAAGGAAGUGGCAGGAAACACCGGCGUGCUCUCAGUCUACGCUGUCCACGGCACGUCCCUCUACGAAAACAACACGCUCACAUCCGGGGAUAAUAAGGGCCUCGCAGCUCUGCAGCUGGAAUUUGACCCUACGCUUGCCUCGCGCCAAGGUAGUUUCAUCGCUGGCAUUGCGCAAGGAAGCGUGGGCGACACGACACCGAACACUGGAGGUGCAUACUGCGAUGCGACUGGCGAGCUGUGCGAUUUCGAAAGUUCUACCUGUCCAAACAAGAGGGGCAAGGAGAGAAGCCAAAGUUGUAGAGGUAGGCCGCCUACUUGGGGAGACUUGGAUCUCCUCAACGAGAGCAUGACUGGUGGUUGGGAUUGGAGUGGGAAUCAAGUCAUUGCCGGAUUGCAACGAGACUCUGCGAUGAACAUUCUCGGACUCCACAGCUCUCACGAUCACGGCCGGCAGAUACGUUCGCACGCCGAAGCGAAGUCUUUGGAACUCAAAGACAAUCCCAUAAGCGGAGAAGUGAGGUCUGUCAAAUGGAAUGUAGCCCUCGGUGGUGCCGACGGCUUUAGCUUUGUCUUACCGAAUGGGACGCGGGUCAGGACCUGCCCGGCAGCGCUUGGCUAUGGCUUUGCUGGCGGCACGACGGAUGGGCCCGGUCCUUUCGACUUUACGCAAGGCACCAACGAUACGAUGCCCACCAACCCUCUUUGGGCCGCGAUAAGAACGCUGGUGAUGCGUCCUGGCAAGGAGCAGGUUGCUUGCCAAAGUCCUAAGCGCAUCCUUCUGAAUAUUGGAGAGCAGCACGCACCGUACGACUGGGGACCUAGCGCCGGCAUCGUUGAGGCACAGAUUCUUCGCGCGGGCAGAGUCUUCAUUCUUGUCGUGCCGGGCGAAUUCACCACGAUGGCUGGCAGGCGUAUCAAGGACCGUGUGCGCGACAGCAUACGCGUCCUGGGCAUCGAAGACGAGCCCAUCGUUCUGCUGACCGGUCCAGCCAACACCUACGGUCACUAUGUGACGACCAUCGAAGAGUAUGCAGCGCAAAGAUAUGAAGGCGGCUCGACGCUGUUUGGGCCACACACGCUAGAGGCUUAUAUCCACAUCUACGCCAACGUCUUGGUGCCUGCUCUCACUAACGACGAUGCUGCGGGCAUGAUCCCGCCCGGAGAACUUGCACCGAGCAACAUUGGACGAGCAUUCAAGAUGGGGGAGAAGCGGGUGGUGUAUGAUGCUGCACCUUUUGGCAAAAGCAUUGGAGAUGUGACGGUCCAGCCAGAAGCGCAGUACGAGCUAUCCUCUCGUCCAUCCAUCACUGCUCGAUUUGCGGGAGCCAAUCCGCGCAACGACUUGCGCACAGAAGGCACCUUUCUCGAGGUCCAACAGCAGCUGGGCGCAUCGUGGAGGACACACCGCACAGAUGCGCAUCCAUCGACCAUCUUCAGGUGGAAGAGAACCAAUAGCGUUAGGGGCAGCAGCUCGGUGGAAAUCGUGUGGAAGCCCGACCAGACGGAUGCUCUGGGCGUCUAUCGUCUCGUAUAUCGCGGAAACGCCAAGCAACCCUUUACUGGCAAGAUUCGAGAAGUGGAAGGCAUCACGGAUGAGUUCAGACUCGUCUGA